UCAAAAUUAACAAUAUAUUUUAAUACCCAAAAAACAUAGAAUAAUGCUGUAAACGCGUUUGCCUUAACAAUUGCCCAGACCAGAUAUAACAUCAAAAUUUGUGGUGAAUACCGGAUAGCAAGUCAAAAAUGGAGUCCCAGAUCGACUGUGAAUCUUCGGGGCAAGUGUGCAAGCCAACUGAAGAAAACUUGGCCAAGUGCUGUUUCGUUAUCACCGUGGGCUCUGAUGGUCUAAUCGAAAUUAGUUCUCAUAACUCAGAAAACGUCAGCAAAGCGCCACAAGAUGGAAUAGACAGUAAAGUUUCCACACUGUCGGGCGAGAUUAUGAAUCAGCGAUUUCGCAUAGCUGUGGUGAAAGAGGAUUCAUAUGAACUACAAUCAAAGUUAGUUGAUGACCAAAAGCCUAAAGGUCUGAAGGCGAACCGAGUUCUGCCUCGGUUCGUUAAACUUUGCAACAAAGACCUGGCAAACAGGCCUUCCUUCGUGGUUCUCGAGGAUGCACUGGCUCGAAAUCGUAUUAAACAUGAUAUGGAGCAUCCAAGACCAGAUGAAUCCGUAUCUUCCCACACAAGACGAAAGAUUUCGCAGUCACAGAUUUGCUUUCAAACAAAAGAGUUAUGUGCCAGCAAGAACAUGGGAUCUAUCGAUAAUAACACUCAGAAAGGCAAUGCAAUACCACCUGUACGAAAACUAUCCUUGAGAACUAUCCAUCACAAAAUGCCUACAUUAAGUAAUGAGCUAACGCAAUUGGUUCCCGAAAUAAAAAAAAAGCCUAGCAAUAGGUUAUUUUCUCGGGAACAGCAGCAACAUCAAAAACAUCCAGAGCAGACACCGCAGCAACAUGAACAACUGCGGGAGCAGACGGAGCUGAAGCAUCACCAACAGCUCAAGAAGAUACAACAGCAACUGCUUAAGGAGAAACAUCUGUCACAACAGCAACAUCAGACACAGCAGCAACAUGAGGCACAACAGCAACAUCAGACACAGCAGCAACAUGAGGCACAGCAGCAAAAUCAGUCACAGCAGAAACAUCAGGCACAGCAGCAACAUGAGGCACAGCAGCAAAAUCAUUCACAGCAGCAACAUGAGGCACAGCAGCAACAACAGCCACUACAGCAGCAUCAGCAACAAAUGCCUCAGCAGCAACUUCAACAACCUUUUGGCACCACCUUUCCGUAUAUGCCCUUCGGUUUCUUACCAAUGUCCCAGACAGGAGCACCAUCUGGCAGUCCCAUGAUGUAUCCUUGCCAGCAAUUCCUCAGUUCAGCACCGAGCAACAUUUCAAGUUGUUCCUGCUGCAGCUGCAGCAAUUGCUGCUCGCCAAGGACACCUCAGGUCUGCCAAAUGCCCCUGAGCAUUGGUUGCAGUCAGGUUCAAGAUCUGGGACACGCGAGCAACUGCUGCAUGUUGAAAACGGAAAACGGGGCAAAUUGCCCCUGCAAUGGAUAUGGUUCGUGUUGUCCUUUACCGAAUCUGCGACCUCAUCCUUCCAUGGGAUUUGGUAGUCAUCCUAAUUCCAUCCAUCAGUUCAGUCAGCACAUGAUCCCAUCCGUCAUGGCAACUUCUACUUCAACGCUGCAUAACCAGCAAACAAAUAUUCCAAUUGCCGGUGGGUUUUACCCCGGCUGCCUGUGCCAGCCAUUGUGUAGUUGCAACCAGUGCACCCAUUACAGGAUGCAAGCCCAUCAUCAUUCUUGCUGCCAUUGCCCAUGGUUAUUUAACAACCAACAGAUGUAUCAAUUGCAACAGCAACAGCAACUGUUGCAGCAGCAACAGCAUCAACGUGCCUGUUGCCCCAUAAAUCUACACCAGCGACAUCAUAACUCAUCCAAAGGAGUAAAGGCAUUAAAAGACAGUAAAAAACCAACCAAUCGUGAAGGAGUAAAGCAACUAUUUACCAAGAAGCCAGCUGAGAUUCCCAAACUGGAAACUAAGGAGCAAUCUGAGGAAAAAGAUAAUCAACUAAUCAGCAAGAAGUCACUAAAGGAAACAACUCGAUCGAUUGGAGGUGCUGCCAACGGAAAGAGCAAUUUCAACUCAACCUAUUUGUACUUAGCUCGAUUUGGAAGAACUUGCUUAAUUCUGAGACCCACCACUACCGCUCUAAUGCCACGCCUCUUGACCAAGCGAAUCACUCGCUAUUCCUCGGUCAUAGCCUGGCCAACAAGAGAUGUUAAAUCAAAUAUAGACACAAACUGAGUUAGUUCAUAGUUAACAUCAUAUUAAUAUCUGGAAGCAUUGUACAAAAUUUAAAACAAAUAAAAAAAUACGAAUUCAACU